UUUAUCCAAAGCCGGCAACCACAUCCAAAAAGGCUGUUACGGCAACAACAAUUUCCAUUCUCCCCUUCCUCCUCUUCCUCCCAAGUCCUACUCACUCUUCCACGUUCAAAUGUCGUACCACUAAAACGCAACGAACUCUCAUACACUGUCGUUAAACAGCCUCCCUCUUCUUUACUAUUAUCAUUUUGUUUGGUCCGAAUGGGAACUCUGACGAGUUGUGGUUUCAUCCCUCUGAAGUCGGAGUUCCGGUCCAACCCGGUUCGGCGCGCCUUCAGGGAGACCAUUCACUACCAUGCGCUCAAACGAUUGAGGUCCACGUGCUUCCCCACCUUCACUCACUCACUACCUCACCCUUCCAAUUUCCCUGCGUUUCGGUGUUCUGCCACUGCCAACAACAACAAUGAUAACAGAAACGACGUCGUCGAAGGCGAAGCUGAACGACCUCCGAAUGAUUCUUCCAACGCAACCACGACGACGACGCAAGAGAGACGCGACGAUGCGUUCAAGUCAGAAAAUCAUCUUUGACGUCGCUUGGACCUACGUACAGCAAUUUCCAAGUUGAUUCUUUCAAACUUAUGGAACUCCUUGGACCUGAAAAGGUAGAUCCAGCUGAUGUAAAGCUGAUAAAGGAUAAGCUUUUUGGUUAUUCAACCUUUUGGGUGACGAAAGAGGAGCCUUUUGGAGACUUGGGAGAAGGCAUUCUUUUCAUCGGAAACUUAAGGGGAAAGAGAGAGGAUAUCUUUUCCAAACUCCAAAAUAUGCUUGUAGAGGUCACAGGAGAUAAGUACAACCUUUUUAUGGUGGAGGAGCCUGAUGCAGACAGUCCUGAUCCUCGCGGUGGGCCACGUGUUAGCUUUGGUUUGCUGCGGAAGGAGGUUUCUGAGCCAGGGCCGACAACACUUUGGCAAUAUGUCAUUGCAUUGUUGUUGUUUCUUCUAACUAUUGGCUCCUCAGUGGAGCUGGGAAUUGCAUCUCAGAUAAACAGACUUCCCCCAGAAGUGGUGAAAUACUUGACAGAUCCCAAUGCGGUUGAAGCCCCUGAUAUGCAGCUACUAUUUCCAUUUGUUGAGUCAGCAUUACCUUUAGCAUAUGGUGUCUUGGGUGUUCUUCUUUUUCAUGAGGUUGGACAUUUUCUGGCAGCUUUCCCUAAACAAGUGAAAUUAAGCAUUCCUUUCUUCAUCCCAAACAUUACUCUUGGUAGCUUUGGUGCUAUUACUCAGUUCAAAUCUCUACUUCCUGAUAGAAGUACAAAAGUCGACAUAUCACUUGCGGGCCCCUUUGCUGGUGCUGUGUUAUCCUUUUCAAUGUUUACUGUUGGUCUCCUGCUCUCAUCAAAUCCAGAUGCAGCAGGAGAUUUGGUGCAAGUUCCUAGCAUGUUGUUUCAAGGUUCCUUGCUUCUUGGAUUAAUCAGUAGAGCCACUCUUGGUUAUGCAGCAAUGCAUGCUGCAACUGUUGCAAUUCACCCUCUUGUGAUUGCAGGCUGGGUGCUUUCGGAAAAGGUGCACUAAUGGGCUUUGGCUUGACCACGUAUACAUUGCUUGGAUUAGGGGUGAUUGGCGGACCUCUUUCGCUUCCUUGGGGGCUUUAUGUCAUAUUAUGUCAGAGGACACCGGAAAAACCUUGCUUAAAUGACGUGACAGAGGUUGGAACAUGGAGAAAGACGCUUGUGGCGGCUGCUAUUUUUCUUGUGGCCUUCACUCUUCUUCCUGUUUGGGAUGAGCUUGCAGAGGAACUUGGUAUAGGUCUUGUAAAUGUACUUUGAUGGUAAAAAUGUGUAGAGUAAACCUUUUUUCUUUUAUUUUCUUAUUAUUAUUUUUUUUUUCAAUUGAGCGGUUAAUUAUAUAUAGGUAAAGUCAUCACCAAAGUAGAGCCUAAUUCAAUUCAACCCGAUUCCUCGUGAUAAAAUCCAUGUUGACGUUAUCGGAUGAGCUCCAAUUUACCCGUUUCAUCCAAAUAAGAAAUGAAAUGAAACUAUGUACGGCAA